AUGAAGCUCUUGGUACUCUUGGGACUCGUGGUCGCAGCUUACGGGGCACCUCAAGGCUACAAUUUGGCCUCGCCAUCGGGAGGUGGAUUCUCCCAUGGUGGAGGUCACUCAUCUGGAAGUGGCUUCUCUAGUGGCGGCGGAGCCUCCGGUGGAGGAUUCUCCAGUGGCGGUGGAAUCUCUGGUGGAGGAUUUUCAAGCAGUGGAGGAAUCUCUGGUGGAGGAUUUUCAAGUGAUGGUGGAGUGUCUGGUGGAGGUUUCUCCGGUGGAAGCAGCGGUGGAUUUGGUGGAACUGGAGGUCCCGCUAGUGGGUGUCGUGAUGGAGAGAUCCUGCAUGUAGAUGGAUCUUGCGUAGUUCCUGUAAUCACGAGAAAUGUGUUUGUGUAUGAUGCUCCUGAACAAUCUCAGCAGCCAAGCGGACCACCACCAAGUGUCCCACCACCUAAAGUUGAUCAUAACAUUCUGUUCGUGCGUCUUCCUGAAGGAGGAGCAGGUCCUGAACCCAUCAUCGUUCCUCCACCAAGGCAAGAGAACAUCGUGUACGUCCUGAACAAGAACGAUGGAGAAGGAGGCCAGCGAGUAAUCGAGGUUACUGCUCCUCCAGCUACCAACCCCGAGGUUUACUUUGUCAACUACGAAGAGGGAGAGAACCCAACUCUUCCUAUUGGCGUGGAUCUCGAGACUGCUCUUAACGCUGCCGCUAGUGCUGGUGGUCAAGUGAUCGGAGGCGCCGGAGGAGCAGGUGGCUUUGGAGGCGAUGGAGGAUUUGGCGGCAGUGGAUCAGGUGGCUUUGGAGGCGAUGGAGGAUUUGGCGGCAGUGGAGCAGGUGGCUUUGGAGGCGAUGGAGGAUUUGGCGGCAGUGGAGCAGGUGGCUUUGGAGGCGAUGGAGGAUUUGGCGGUAGUGGAGCAGGUGGUUUUGGUGGUAGUGGUGGAAGUGGAGGAUUCGCCGGUUCAGGUGGAGUAAGUGGAGGUUUCAGUGGCGUAAGUAGUGGAAGUGGAGGCUUUAGUGGAAGUGGAGCAGGAAGUAUUGGAGGAUUUGGAGGAAGUGGAAGCAGUGCUGGUACCCCAUCCACUUUGUAUUCUAGUCCUUAAAUGUAAGGGAAGGAACAGUUCGACCUUACUAAGUAAUACCUUCGUGUCAGUAUGGUCAGUUAAUAUUUUCUUACUAUUGUUUAUAACUUUUAACAAAUAUAUAUGAAAAAAAAA